AUGAAUGUUACACUUUUGAGAAAAUUAUCAGAUUGUUUCCGGAAUGUUGAAAUACUGCAUAUGAAUGAGAAAUGCAGUGAGUAUGGCUUAUAUUGUAAAUUGCAUGCAAUAUCUCAUUCGCAAAGUUCAAAGUGUGAUAAUAAGGCAGAGGAAUGGAAAGAAACAUUGAAAAUGUUAUUUGAAGAUGAAAACAUUUUUCCAAAGAUACAAAAUUUCUUCGUUGGUGGUGGUGACGUAAGUGCAUAUAGUUCGGAAAGUUAUCCAAAAUUGCCGGCUUGCAAACGUCCGCUGAAUUUAUUGCGUAUUUAUGGCGGGAUGGCUAA